UCUGGAUAUACUGGAGAUGGAUUCAACUGCACUGAUGUCAACGAAUGCCAGACAUCUUCCCCAUGUCAUUCCAAUGCAACGUGCAACAACACAUACGGGUCUUACAUGUGUACUUGUGAUUCUGGAUAUAGUGGGGAUGGAUUUACAUGUACUGAUGUAAACGAAUGCCAAAGAGAUCCCCAGUGUCAUCUAAAUGCUACAUGCAUUAACACAGUUGGAUCUUAUAACUGUGAGUGUCUCUCUGGAUAUACGGGAGAUGGUUUCACCAACUGUACUGAUGUGGACGAAUGCCGGAGAGAUUCUCCAUGUCAUUCCAAUGCUUUGUGUGACAACACAGACGGAUCUUACAUCUGCAGUUGUAAUUCAGGAUACAGAGGAAAUGGAUUUAAUUGCACUGAUAUUGAUGAAUGUUUGAAAUAUCCAUGUGGCUACAAUGCAGUAUGUACAAACAGUGGUGGAUCAUACUAUUGUCAUUGUCAAAUUGGGUAUAAAGGAAACGGAACAAAUUGCACCGACAUCAACGAAUGCACUUCUAACCCUUGUGAUGUGAAUGCCAACUGCACAAACACAAUGGGCUCACAUCUCUGUAAAUGUCAAAUCGGUUAUGAAGGAGAUGGGACAAGAUGUAGAGAUGUGGAUGAAUGUGCGCAUUUUCCUUGUGGUCCACAUUCAAAUUGUGUAAAUACUGAUGGUUCAUACUUUUGUGAAUGUCACACUGGAUAUAAAAGGGCCGGCCGGGAGAAUUGUACAGAUGUGAACGAAUGUGCAGAGAGCCCGUGCAGUAUGGAUGCAAACUGCACAAAUACGGAUGGUUCAUACUUUUGUAAAUGCAAAAGUGGAUAUAAAGGAAAUGGGAAAAAUUGUACAGGUGUGAACGAAUGUGCAGAGAGCCCGUGCAGUAUGGAUGCAAUCUGCACAAAUACGAAUGGAAAAUACCUUUGUAAAUGCAUAUUGGAUAUAGAGGAAAUAGGAGAGAUUGUACAGGUAAAAUUGGGCUUCUUUAUCUCUGCGAUAGUCGAAGGUUCUAAGGAAUCUUUUUGA